CUGAAGACCAACGCAGAGGCAGAGAGCGAGGAGGAUGGGGAGGGUGGGAGAUGAGAAAAGAAGGCUGAGUGGAGGCAAAACAGAGGACGUAUCAGAGACACAGGAAGACUAAAGCUUACAGAAAGCUGGAUGUCUGAUGUUUAACUGAGGAAUAUGCAGAAGGCGGGAAGGACAACGUGUGAAAGAAAAUCUGGCAGUUAGAGGUGCAAAUCACUGCAGCAAACGUGCUUGCAUCUUUAGCGUCGGAGUGCUGGGCUCUGGGGAGCGGGGAAGGGCUCUUCAUAGAGGAGCAUGACAGCCUGGCUCGGUGGUGUUGCUGCAGCGGGAUGGACCGAGACUCAUUCAUUUUAGGAGGAAAUACAUAGGCCAUUGCAGCUCUCAUCGUCCACUAUGCGCAGGGAUCGAGAGCAAGCACAUUGCGUGCCAUCGUCAACAACACAGCAGAACUCUUCGUUCCCAGAGCGACAGCACAUCUAGCAUUGAUAACAUUAGCCCGGGCAAUAGCCAAUAUAUUAGGUAGCACUUGACUUUAUCUGGGUUAAAUUUUAGUUUUAGUCAAAGCUACAAAAACAGCAGUAGUUCAUUUGUUGAGGUCCUUCAUGCACUUUAUCAAACAAGGACCUUCUGCUCUGAUAUAGAUUUAGCUGUUUUUCCUCUUAACGAUAAUUUCAUUUUUGACAGUAGCAGUUCUCAGGUUUAAGUAUAAUGUUUGCAUAUAAUUUGGUAGAAGAUGGGCGGUUUGUAGUUGUUGUUAGAGUUUAAUGAAGUUUGUGGUUGGUAUGGUGAGGAGAGCAGAUGCUCUAACUGGAUUGGCUGAUGAAGGCCUCCUGGAUACGACUGCUGAAACGAGCAACAGGAAACCGAGUCAAGAACAACAUUGGCGGUUCUGCGGACUCAUACACUAGUCGGCCAUCGGACUCAGAUGUGUCUCUGGAGGAAGAUAAAGAGACCUUACGCAGAGAAGCUGAGAGACAGGCUCAGACUCAGCUCGAAAAGGCCAAGGCUAAACCUGUGGCAUUUGCAGUUCGUACUAAUGUUGGCUACAGCGCCUCCCUUGAAGAUGAUGUCCCUGUGCCUGGAAUGGGAAUAUCAUUUGAGGCUAAAGAUUUCCUUCAUGUUAAAGAAAAAUUUAAUAACGACUGGUGGAUUGGUCGCUUGGUGAAAGAAGGGUGUGACAUUGGUUUCAUCCCAAGUCCAGUGAAGCUUGAAAACACUCGCAUCCACCAGGAGCAACGUGCAAAACAAGGAAGAUUUUACUCAAGUAAAUCAGGGGCAAACUCUUCAUCUAGUUUAGGAGACAUAGUUUCAAACUCACGUAAAUCAACCCCUCCCUCCUCAGCUGUGGACAUAGAUGCUGCAGGGUUAGAUCCAGAGGAGAGUGACCCUCCUCCCCAUCAGCGUUCUCCCAAAGCCAGCCCAAACACAGUAAUAUCCCCUUUAGCCCGCGAGAAACGAAUGCCUUUCUUUAAGAAGACAGAGCACAUUCCUCCAUAUGAUGUGGUGCCCUCUAUGAGACCAGUGGUGCUAGUGGGACCCUCGCUCAAGGGCUACGAGGUUACAGAUAUGAUGCAGAAAGCGUUGUUUGACUUUCUGAAGCACCGCUUUGAGGGAAGGAUAUCAAUCACAAGGGUGGCUGCUGAUAUUUCUCUGGCCAAGCGUUCCGUGCUGAACAACCCCAGUAAACACGCCAUCAUUGAGCGCUCAAAUAUACGCUCCAAUUUAGGGGAGGUACAGAGUGAGAUUGAGAGGAUCUUUGAGCUGGCUCGGACAUUGCAGCUGGUAGUUCUUGACGCGGACACAAUAAACCACCCAGCCCAACUGGGAAAAACUUCUCUUGCACCUAUUAUUGUCUACAUCAAGAUCACCUCUCCAAAGGUUUUGCAAAGGUUAAUAAAAUCUAGAGGGAAGUCUCAGGCAAAACAUCUCAAUGUACAGAUGGUGGCAGCAGACAAAUUAGCCCAGUGCCCUUCAGAGCUUUUUGACAUAAUUCUGGAUGAGAACCAGUUGGAAGACGCCUGUGAGCACAUGGCUGAUUACCUGGAGGCGUACUGGAAGUCCACUCAUCCUCCCAGUGACACUCUGCUAGAAAAGCUCAGCACAGUGGCUGGAGCUGCAGAGGCCUGCGAGGAAGCGCCGUCUAAUCCACAACUAAAGGGCACAGGAGGUGACCAGGAGGCAGAUCGACCAAUGGGCGACAGGACAGGCUUUUCUGAAAACCAUCAUCAUCAUCAUCAUCAUCAUCACUACCAAAAUCAGAAGCAAGAAAGUUUGGAAGAAGACAACACUGAGGAGAGAAAUGCUAAAGACCAACAACAGUUACAGAGUGAAUGGAGAAGUAGUCACAAACAUCACAAUUCCUCAACCACGCGGACUGAACACCACAGUCAUCCUCAUCAUCAUCACCGCCAUCACAAUCGGACCAUGCGGACAUUUUCCAAACAAGAGACGUUAGAGUCCACGUAUCCCGAGCCUCUUGCUGGACAAACACAGACUCACAGAGAUACGGAGGAACUGGACCCGUCGAUUCAGCCAAACCAUCAUCACCAUCACCAUCAUCGCGGGGACAAAGAGAAGGAAUACGACCACAACGAGAGGAACUGCAGACAAAGAGGAAAGCCCAGAUCGCAACGAGAACAUCACCAUGAGAGGGACAGGAAGCGAGGCGAGGGGGAAUGGGCGAGAGAGCAUUACAUAGAGCAGUGAUACAAACACACACUCUUCCAUGGCCUUUGAUUGGCCUCACGUCAAUGUUGUGUGUUUUUACAGGGCAGUGUAAUGUUUAUGACACGUGUAUCCAUACAAGUUUUUCUCCAAGUGUGGACAAAUUAAAAACAGUUAUAUAUUAAUUUAAUAUGGCAUGAAUGAUGAAAUUGUCUCUUUCUUUAAAGGUUGCCUAUUUAUUUUUUUAUUUGCAUUCCUGGUCUUAUUGAAUGAAUCAUGGGUGGAUGUUAUUCCAAAAAGAAAAUCAAAA